AUGUCAUUCCUCGGCGACAAGUCCGCCAAGACAUUCGUGGCCGGUCACCGGGGCAUGAUCGGCACAGCCGCCCACCGCAAGCUAGCGGCGCUCGGCUUCAACAGCAUCGUCGUCCGCACACACGCCGAGCUCGACCUGACGUGCCAGCACGCCGUGGACACAUUCUUCGACGCCGAGCAGCCCCGCUACGUCAUACUCUGUGCUGCCAAGUCCGGCGGCGUCCACGCGGCUCUGAGCGCGCCGGCCGAGUACCUGACCAAGAACCUGGGCAUCAUUUUCAACGUGAUGACCGCCGCCCAGCGCUGCGGUUCCGUCCGCAAGCUGCUCAUCCUCGCCAGCGCCACCAUCUACCCCGAGGACGCGUGGCAGCCUAUCCCGGAGUCGGCCUUCCUGUCCGGCCCGCCAGCGCCCGGUAGCGAGUGGUACAGCAUCGCCAAGAUCGCGGGCAUCAAGAUGUGCCAGGCCUACCGCGAGGAGCACGGCAUGGACGCCAUCGCGGCGUCGCCCAACAACAUCUACGGCCCGCGGAACCCCUUCCCUUCGGAGAGCUCCCACGUCAUCCCAGCCCUCAUCCGCCGUUUCCACCACGCCAAGGUCACCGGCGCUCCCGAGGCCGUGGUCUGGGGCUCCGGCGCCGCGCUCCGCGAGUUCACGCACGUGGAUGACCUUGUGGAAGCCUUGGUGCUGCUGAUGGACAGGUACUCCGGGCUGGAGCACCUGAACGUGGGGAGUGGCGAGGAGAUGAGCGUGAGGGAGCUGGCGGAGAUGGUGAAGGAGGUGGUCGGGUACGAGGGUCGCGUGGUGUGGGACGCCAGCCGGCCGGACGGUGUGCCCAGGCGGUUGAUUGAUAGCUCCAAGAUGAGGAAGCUUGGGUGGAAGCCUAAGGUGGCGCUUAGGGACGGGCUCAUAGAGAUGUACCAACUGUAUUGCCGUCAACAAGAUGAAGCAUGA